CUGCACUACGGGACCGUCCUGGGCAGCAGAGCUUGUGCCCACAUGGCAGCAGCUGCCUGGGCCAGUGCCUUUCUCAAUGCUCUCAUGCACACAGCCAAUGCAUUUUCCCUGGCCCUGUGCCAUGGCAAUGCCCUGGGCCAGUUCUUCUGUGAAAUCCCACAGAUCCUCAAACUCUCCUGCUCCAAAUCCUACCUUAGGGAAUUUGGGCUGCUUGCUGUUAGUGCCUGUUUAUCAUUUGGUUGUUUUAUGUUCAUUGUUUUCUCCUACGUGCAGAUCUUCAGGGCUGUGCUGAGGAUCCCCUCUGAGCAGGGACGGCACAAAGCCUUUUCCACCUGCCUCCCUCACCUGGCCGUGGUCUCUCUGUUUGUCAGCACUGGCAUAUUUGCCUACCUGAAGCCCCCCUCCAUGUCUUCCCCAUCCCUGGAUGUGGCAGUGACAGUUCUGUACUCGGUGGUGCCUCCAAGCAACGCAGUGUUUUUGGGGGGGCUGGCGGAGGAUGCCCGGAUCGAUAAAAUCUCUCCGCCGCCAUAUGGGCUGAAAAUGGCGACCAACCGCGUGCAAGUCCUGGAGAAGCAGAUGAUCCUCGAGGAACUGACGGAGGAAGAGAAGCGCCUGAACAAGAUGAUGGAAAUAGAGCGAGAGAAGGACACGGAGGUCCAGGAGGAGCUGGAGCACCAGAGGAAGCAGGAGCUGAUGAGAGCCCAGCAGGGCAUUGUGAAACAGACGGAGCAGAAUGCAGAGGAGCGGGCAUUGAGGACUGAGGAGCUGUACCAGGAGGGCCAGAGGCAGCUGGAGCGACUGGAGCAGAUGAAAAAGGGAGGAUCAGAAGGCCUGGGAGCAGAAGCAGGAGCGGAGGGCCCACAGGACCUGCUCGUGGGAUGUCCUCGUGACGCGUACAUCCCGGUUCCAGACGAAAGUGACCGACCACCAAGCCGUCAGGCAGCACCCAAGAGACCCGCACGGGUGAGACCCAAGCAUCAAUGGUGUUUCUGUGUGAUCUUGCUGUUGGGGCUUGUUGCCAGAGGGCAAGUCAGCCCAGACCACAACCCCCAUCGGCCGUUCAAGUGGGUCACGCAACACCUUAGUAGUGACAAGGUGCUCACAGAAAUCACCACACCAAACACCCCAUCCUUCGUGCUCUGCAUCACCGACCUGUUUCCAGGACGGCCAAAGGUAGACCCCAAUUCCCCACACUCCACACACAUGUCCUUUUGGGUGGACCAUUUAGCCGAGUCAGACUUAGAUCCAAUCCUUCAUGCCCGGUACAGCCACUUCUGGAAAUUCGUCUCCUCUCCACCGUGGCUCCAGAGUCCCUCAGAACACAGACCCGUGCCUAAAACUCCUGCCGUGUCCCCGCCCUAA